UAUUUCCUUCUUGUUUCUUUAUGUAUUUUCGGGCUCUUCCUCUUGUUCUUCCUCACGAUCGUCGCCCCAUAAGUCCCUCUGGAUCCUUGGUCCUCCUGCCGUUGUCCCUCGUCUUCUGUGCCUGUGCCGCUCCUUAGCUGUUCAUAAGGCCGCUUGCAUUUGAGUUUGGAACUCGGAACGCAGAGGCCUUUCGAAAUGCCGAUUACGACAUAUACCAUCUGGAAAAUUAGGGAGGUGAACGAUCGUUUAGAUCAUAUGGAGACACAGAUGAAGAAAAUGAAUACACUCUUGGAGAAUAUCUACAAGUGCGUGCAAAACACCAACCAUUGUACUUCAGUGUCAUGUAGACCAGAGAUGUUCCCCAUAGCAUCGAUCGCACAAUUACGUGCUUUCCAGGAUAUUCAUAUAGAACUUUACAACAAUGCUGUCAACUAUUUCCAUUACAUCGGUGGCUUCAACUGUAAAGUAAAUCUGUGUUUCAAGGACAGCAUCCAGGACUCCUUGACGCCAUUUUUGACUUGGUUCGGGGGCAAGGAAAAUCAAGAGGCAUUGUACAACACUCGCUUCGUGAAAAACCAUCUACGGUAA